UUCAUUUAGCAGACUAACAGUACACAACGUUUUAAGAAAAUCUUAAGAAAACUUAAGUUACUAAAGUUUCCUUUAACGGUCGUUUGAUCUUUUUUUUUUUAACUAAAACAUUCCUAUUAUUUAACGGUCGUUUAUUGUAACGAAGAUCUAUUGUUAAAGAUCUCCCUUAAACGGUUUUAAUUGUUAAGUUUUGUGUUUUGUAAUAAAGUUUAUUUUUUUUUGUUUCAAAUAUGAGUUCUCAUCAUUGGGGUUACACUAAAGAAAAUGGACCCGAUAAGUGGUUCAUUGAAUUUCCAGAGGCAACUGGCACCCGUCAAUCGCCCGUCGAUAUCAAUACUGCCAUCUGCAAAAAGGGUAGUGAUUUAAAGGUGGCUCCCUUAAAAUGGCAUUAUGUACCAGAACACACUAAGAGUUUAGUUAAUCCAGGCUAUUGCUGGCGUGUAGAUGUUGAUGGUACUGAAUCCGAACUGACUGGUGGUCCUUUGGGUGAUAAUAUCUAUAAAUUGGAACAAUUCCAUUGUCAUUGGGGUUGCAGUGAUUCUAAGGGGUCCGAACAUACCGUCGAUGGUGAAGCCUAUGCUGGGGAAUUGCAUUUGGUACAUUGGAAUACCACUAAAUAUGCUAGCUUUAAGGAGGCAGCUGCCGCUCCUGAUGGUUUGGCUGUAUUGGGAGUUUUCCUUACGCCCGGUAUGCAUCAUCAAGAAUUCGAUAAAAUCACUAGCCUUUUGCAAUUUGUUAAACACAAGGGUGAUCGCAUUACUCUGCCCAAUGGCUGUGAUCCUGCUAAACUUUUGCCCAGCACCACUACCUACUGGACUUAUGAAGGUUCCUUGACCACCCCACCCUGCUCGGAGUGUGUCAUUUGGUUGGUCUUCAAGACCCCUAUUGAAGUGUCGCACGAUCAGUUGGAAGCUAUGCGGGAUAUGAACUGUUAUGACGUUAAGGAAGAAUGUCCUUGCAAUGAAUUGAACGGUAAAGUUAUCAACAACUUCCGUCCUCCAUUGCCAUUGGGCAAUCGUGAAUUGCGUGAAUGUGGUGAACAUUAAGAUAAUGAUUGAUUCGAGCAAGAGAGAGAAAUGACAAAGAUUGAGUGAUUUUUUUCGUAUGUGAAGUUUUAAAGUAUUUUUCGUGAAUAAUUCUAAAUUAUUUAUGAACAUUUUCGUUAAUUUUUUUGUUUUUUGUUGUUCUUUUUCGUUCACAUUUUUAUUGUAAAUGCACUCAUUA